AUGAACACCAUCUUCUCAAGAGACAGACAGAUAAAGAGCAUGGAGCUGACAGUGAGCCAUGCUGAGAAGUACCUGGGUCAGUUCUGCAGCCUGCUGGCCUCUUACACCAGGAAGACAGCCAAGCUGAGGGACCAGGCUGACAUGCUGGUCAGACAGCUCAAUGACUUCUCGAAUACUGAGGACCCAGAGCUCCGUACCUGUCUGAAAAACCUGGCUGAAGACCUGGCCAUGGUGCAGGACUACCGCCAGGCGGAGGUAGAGAGGCUGGAGAGCAAAGUCGUCACUCCCCUCAAAGCCUACGGAGAUAUUGUUGAAAACAAGAGAGCGGAUCUGAAGAGGUUCAAUGCUGAUCGGGACAGAGCGCUGAAAGAGCUGCAGAAACUGGAGAAACUCCAACAGAAGAAUCCCUCUGAUAGACAAAGAAUUUCACAGGCAGAGGUGAAUGCUCAGAAGGCGACCAACGAUGCUCACCGCAGCACCAGACAACUGGAGGAGACCAUCAGUGACUUCCAGAGACAGAAACUGGAGGACAUCAAGAGGAUCUUCACAGACUUCAUCACAGUGGAGAUGGUGUUCCAUGCCAAGGCUCUUGAGGUCUACACACACACCUUCCAGAACCUGGACAGCAUGGACAUAGACAAGGACCUGGAGCUGUUCACUGGGAGGAUCAGGGUGUCUGAAGGUCCUCUGGACAACCAGACCCUGCUGCCCUCCUCUAUGGCCCACCAGCCUAGUCCCACCCUGGGCUCCAGCCUCAAACACACUGCUGAAUCAGCCAAGAAGUCCCGUAGCAGCAUCCUACAGCGCCAGAGGGUUGUAGAGGAGGAGGAGGAGGAUGAAGAGGAGGAGUAUGAGUCAGAGAUAGAGGCUCAGCAGAGCAGGCAAUCCUACGCCUCUCAAUACACCCAAAUACUCAGACAGAAGAACUGA